AGAAAUAGGGGUCGCGAGGCAUCCUGGGCUUUGUAGUCCGCCUGCGCGUCUGCCGCUGGAGAGUGGAGCCUCACGCGGCGGAGAACUACAACUCCUAGCAGCCCCGCAGAGAGUGAGGCGAGGGGGCCUGGGUCACGUGGGCGCUGGGCCUGGGCGGGCUAUUUCUCAGUGCGGCGGCGGCUGCGGCGGCGGCGGCGGCUCGGGGGACCGGGGCCUUUUGUUUGGAGCGGCUGCGGGGGGCCACGGAGCGGCGAGGCCCGCGGCCUUCCCCAGCUCGCUCGGUCCCGGCCGCCCCUUGCGGGGUUGCGGGGCCGCCCCGUGGGCCGCCCGUGGCCUCGGGCACCGCCGCCCCGCCCUAGGCCCGCCCCGCCCGGCCUGAGGGGAGGAACCGGCCGGGCCUCGCCGCGCGGCCCAGUCUGCUAGGGAGUCUUCACCUCUCUUCGCUGAGCUCUGCACCGGAGGCUACCCCUCGCGCCUUAGACCGACGCCAUGAAGAUCAAGGAUGCCAAAAACCCUCUUUCCCAUGGUUUGGCAUGGACAUUGGAGGAACGCUAGUAAAGCUCUCAUAUUUUGAACCUAUUGAUAUCACAGCAGAGGAAGAACAAGAGGAAGUUGAGAGCUUAAAAAGUAUUCGGAAAUAUUUGACUUCUAAUGUAGCAUAUGGAUCUACUGGCAUUCGGGAUGUACAUCUUGAACUGAAGGAUUUAACACUUUUUGGAUGAAGAGGAAACUUGCACUUUAUCAGAUUUCCAACCCAGGACCUGCCUACUUUUAUCCAAAUGGGGAGAGAUAAAAAUUUCUCAACCUUACAAACGGUGCUGAGUGCUACAGGAGGUGGUGCUUACAAGUUUGAGAAAGAUUUUCGCACAAUUGGAAACCUCCACCUGCACAAACUGGAUGAACUUGACUGCCUUGUAAAGGGCUUGCUGUACAUAGAUUCUGUCAGUUUCAAUGGGCAAGCAGAAUGCUAUUAUUUUGCUAAUGCCUCAGAACCUGAGCGAUGCCAAAAGAUGCCUUUUAACCUGGAUGAUCCUUAUCCACUGCUGGUGGUGAAUAUUGGCUCAGGAGUCAGUAUUUUAGCAGUCCAUUCCAAAGACAACUAUAAAAGAGUGACUGGGACAAGCCUUGGAGGGGGCACCUUUCUUGGUUUAUGCAGUUUAUUGACUGGCUGUGAGAGCUUUGAAGAGGCUCUGGAGAUGGCAUCCAAAGGUGACAGCACCCAAGCUGAUAGACUGGUCCGAGAUAUUUACGGAGGAGACUAUGAGAGAUUUGGUCUGCCGGGCUGGGCUGUGGCAUCUAGUUUUGGUAAUAUGAUUUAUAAGGAAAAACGAGAAACUGUUAGUAAAGAGGAUCUGGCAAGAGCUACUUUAGUGACUAUCACCAAUAACAUUGGAUCCGUGGCUCGAAUGUGUGCUGUUAAUGAGAAAAUAAAUCGAGUUGUCUUCGUUGGAAACUUUUUACGUGUCAAUACUCUCUCUAUGAAACUUCUGGCAUAUGCUUUGGAUUACUGGUCAAAGGGUCAAUUGAAAGCGUUGUUUCUAGAACAUGAGGGAUACUUUGGAGCUGUCGGUGCACUUCUUGGACUGCCAAAUUUCAGCUGAAACAUCAGAGAACUUCACUAAGAAAUGUCAUCCAGGAGGAACUGAUCCAGAAACUGCAUUCACUAUUUGUCAUUGGGAACCAAAGUAUAAAAGCACCGCUAUUUGUGUUCAUUUUAAGUGUCAGAGCAGAAAGCUCAUGAGCUUUGCCGCAUGGAAAGACCUAUAACGGGAAGUGUCCCUCAUUGAUGUCCCCUUGUAUGUGUAGGUAGCCAGUGUUCCAUCUUAAAUGCAAUACAGCCUCUCGAUUGUUGAGCUUCUCUCCAUGAUUUUCUAUUUAUUUGAUGCAGCCAACAUUGUAGUACUGUGUGCUCAGACACAAAUCUUAAAAUCUCAGAAAUGUUUGUUUAUGCAAAAUAAUCAAUUCUAAAUAUUUGUUUGAGUCUGUUUUAUGUAUGCUUGGUUACUAAUGAGCAGGAAGGAACACUCUCAUGAUUUAUUGUACUGGCAAUCAAAGAUCAUUUCUGUGACUUAGAAAUGUUAAGGCAAUAUUAAGUAUUAACUGUGGUAGUUUUAUAACAUAUCCUCAGAAAAGCAUGUCAAUAUGACCUCUGCUCGUAAGUACAGUUUUCUCUCAGAUGAUGAGUUGAAUACUGUGCUUAAACAUGAACCUGAAUUUUUCUAUUGAAUCCCUAAAGUUUUUGCACAUAUUUGGUGGCGCUACAGUUUCUUUGUCUCAUGCAUUAAUCAGUAUAUGUGUUAAAAUGUUUACUGUUUUUAAAAUUGAGGGCAUAAUCACAUACUUUGGAGUUUAUCAAAUUAAUUAAGUCCUUGGACUGUUCAAAUGGAAUGUGGUUAGAGUGAGUGGCAUUCUGUGCUCUUUCUCUACCAUGUAUAUCUCAGGCCCAAACGUGCAUUUCUUUCUUCUUCUCGUUAGAUCCGAACUAUGGAAGCUGAUUUUUAUCCUACCAUAAGCAGUAGUAGCAAUGAACAGAAUCAGAUGCUGUCUAAAAGAAGGUUUUGAAAUUACGUGACUCUGGGGCAGUGCUACUGAAUUACAAAUGGAUCAAUGUUUAUGGGUUUUGGUCAUAAAAGCAUUACAGAUGCAGAAUUUGUCUUUCUGCUUUGAAUUUAUUCUUAGGUUUGAAUUCCUGUUUUUUAUGUUAAAAUCUCUCAGAUUUUACAUAGACAGUAACAUUUUGGAUGCCAUUAGUUCUAGAAAGUUGAGUCUAUAAGGAAAAUGGAUCUGUAUUAAUUUCCAAUAUUUCUGGAAAUAGCCUUAAAGAGGUUAGAGAUUGUUUACAUUUCAAAGAAUAUUUCAGUGUAGUUUCUGAAACCCCAGUGUUGACAGUUUCCAGCAAACUGUCAAGAGACGCUUGGUAAAGACGGGUCUCUGGAGCCAGGGGUUGUGGUUAUGCUUUAAUCUUUGUACUCGGCAGACAGAGGCAGGCAAAUCUCUUGAGUUAAAGGCCAGUCUGGGCCACAGAGUGAGUUCCAGGACAUCCAGGGCCACAUAGGGAAACCCUGUUUCCAGGGGAAAAAAGACAGGUCUCUGUGUAGUUUAUGUGCAAGUAUUUAAGAUUCCGUUUUCUUUACCUAAAAAUACAAACAUACAAAUAGUAUCUGGGGAGGGAAUCCCAUGACAGUAGUGUUUGCCCAGUAGACUGCUAGGAACCUUGCAGUCAGUCCAUUCAGUAAACAUUUUAGGUCUACGGUGAUGUCAGCCAGUAUUUGCGUGCAGAUCGGUGGCCACUAGUUCCAGGUGGAAUGCCACUGCUUCCUUGUUUUAAAGGUUUUUGACUUGAGUGUGAAGUUAGAAUAAUUGAGUGAUAGAAACUGUAGGUCAGCAACUGUAGGUUUAGGGUUGUCUUUAAGGAUUGAAUAGUACUCACGUUAAUAAUGAUCACUUUGCUUUGGUUUAUAUAGAACUAACAUUUUGCCAUUUGGAACUGAAAUUAACUACUAAGAUCCAUGUAAAGUGAGCCAACUAGGUCAUACAUUUACCUUUCUUCAAGUGUAAUCUGUAAUUACUGAACUUAAUAAGAACACAGAAUCAUAACUGAUAAAGGCUGACAAGAUUCUGAUCUAGUCUAUAUUGCUCUUGAGAAAUUCCCAGUAUGCAUGCUGUCAUAAGUAGAGGUUGCUUCUAGUAUCAAUCAAACUAAUUAAAGGUCUGUGUUCUUAAACAGUGCCAUUUAAUAGAUAAAGUGUAAACUAUAAUUUUAUAUUUUCUAGUAAACGCAUUAAAAGCUAUAAGAAGAAAUAGGUGAAGGUCAUUUUAGUACUUUUAAUUUACCAGUAUAUCUAAUGUGUUAUUUCAGUGUGAAAUUGGCACAAAAAAUUAAAUGGGAGAUGUGUUUUGCCCUCUUUUAUGUUGUUUAUUUUAUUACUCAGUUGAUAUGUAUUUUAUACUUAAUAACACAUUUCAGUUUUGGACUGACCACCUUUCAGCUUUCACAGACACAUGUACAGUUUUUCUAAAGCUACUUUGUUUUGUUUUUGCCUGAGCCAGCCUCAAGUGCAUAGCACUGGGUGGCCAGUACCUGGCCAUGUGACCAGCCAAGCCCUGAGCUCAAAAAACAUCUACCUGCCCCUGCCCCUGCCCCUGCCCCUGCAUGCGGAGAUUAAAGGUCUGCUAGAAGUACUUGCAAGAGAGCACUAUUGUGUGUCCGUGAACAUGGGCCAAAGAAUGAGGUGGGGAAAGAAUGAUAACUUUUUUAAAAAUAAAGACAAGACCAUUAUUUGGGCCAGUUUAUGUUACUGACUAUUCCAAAAAUAGUGUAUAUUGUCAUCAUGCCAUCUCUUGUGCAGUGUAUGGGAUACUUCUAAUAAAUGAUACUGAUAAAACGACCGGUGACGCAUCCUAGUAGUUAGCAAUUUCCACACUACUGUAUUUCCUUCAUGGAAGCAAAAUUAGUUCCAGGGACUUAAAGUUUCUGAGUUUUGUGCAG